AUGUCCACUGAGCUUGAGCCAGAACCAGCCAAUCAGAGACUGGAACUGCCGCUUGAAGGCCAUACAAUCAAUCAAGAUCCCGAGAAAGCAUCUGACCAACCACUCACUCAAGGGCGAUUUCACAAUGGACCAGAGGAACCAGAAACAAAGGGCCGGGAAAUCCGCGGUACUCGCUGGCUCAUCAUCUGUGUGUCGCUCUACAUCACUUGUUUCCUCUACGGACUCGACACCACCAUCGCAGCCGAUGUCCAGGCCCCCAUCAUCUCAGCAUUUGGCCAUGUCGACCAAUUCUCCUGGAUAGGAGCCGGUUUCCCACUCGGCUCCGUAUGCGUCAUCCUCCUGCUCGGCACCCUCUUCAACACCUUCAACAUGAAAUACAUCUACGUCGCGACUGUGUUGAUUUUUGAAGUCGGUUCAGCGCUUUGCGGCGCGGCUCCAAACAUGAACGCUCUGAUCGUUGGCCGUGUUAUCGCCGGUGCUGGCGGCAGCGGUAUCUACCUUGGAUCUUUGCAGUAUUUCGCUGUCAUGACCGCUGAAAAGGAGCGUGGCUUGUACAUGUCUCUCAUCGCCGUUUUCUGGGGCCUUGGAUGUGUUUUAGGUCCUCUUAUUGGUGGCGCCUUUGCCGUGUCGUCGGCAACCUGGCGCUGGGCCUUUUAUAUCAAUCUGGUUAUUGGUGGCAUCUCGGCUCCAGCGUUUCUUCUAUGCCUGCCACCAAUCUGUCUCAUGCAAGAUGUAAGCGUCCGGGAGAAGCUGACCUCCAUUGACUUUGUCGGCUUUAUUCUUGGCGCUGGGAUGUGGGUGAGCUUUCUUCUCGCGUUCACCAUGGCCGGUGGCCAAUGGCCAUGGAAUGAUGGACGAACUAUUGCCACAUUUGUUGUCUUUGGUGUGGCUCUGGUGUUCUAUGCUUUACAGCAAUACUUUGCGGUCUUCACCACCCCAGCCCGGCGUGCAUUCCCCGGACAUUUACUACGAGAUCGUACACAAGUGCUUCUUUACGCCGUGACGGCGGCGGGAACCUCGUCGGUAUUCGUUGUUGUCUACUACCUUCCCAUCUACUUCCAGUUCGUGAAUGACGAUGGGGCCCUAAUGGCAGCCGUGCGUCUUUUGCCAUUUGUUAUUAUUGCUGUCAUGGUGAAUCUUGUCUCGGGAUCACUUCUCCACUUCAUCAAGCUCUAUAAAGUGAUCUUUCUCAUUGCCAGCGUUUUCUUGCUGGUCGGCGGUGGUCCCUUGGUGGCUUACUUAAAGCCUAGCACGACGACGGGUACGAUCUAUGGCUUAUCCAUUCUUACUGCGGUUGGCAGCGGUCUGUCCAUGGUGACGGGAUAUACAGUUGCGACCUUGACUACGAAACCCGAAGACACGGGCGCUGGACUAAAGCUGCAAAAUGUCGCCCAGAUUGGUGGCCAGGUUAUCGCACUCGCCAUCGCGGGACAGAUCUACCGUUCGCGAGCCUUGCAUAAUCUGCAAUCUGCUCUUGCUGGUCACGGAUACUCAUACGCAGAAAUUUGGGGCGCGGUUGCUGGGGCGCAGAGCACAUUAUUUGAGAAUCUGGAGGGUGAACUUCGGGAAUCUGCAGUCGAGGCCAUUUCGCAGGCGAUGCGCAUGACUUUUGUCUUGGUUCCUGUUGCUGGAGCGGUUAUGCUUUUUGCGGCAUUGUUCAUGAAAUGGGAGAGGCUCUUUGGACACCAUGUGGCUGUUGGUGGUUGA